AUGUUUCCAUUUCCGGUUACUCCUGAAAUAGUUCUCCGUGAUUCCAUCAAAAAUGGAAGAUAUUUCUUCCCAGCUAGCAGAUGGGCGUCAGUAUCGAGGGAUGCAAGAGAUCUGAUAAGCCAUAUGAUCGUUGUCAAGCCUGGAAAUCGAUUUACCGUUGAACAGUGUCUUGAGCACAAAUGGUUCAAAAUUGAUGGUGUUGAACGUUCGCAUACAUGGCAUAGUUUACCAAGUAUCGUUCCAAAGUCAAUGAUCCCUAAUACACAAUAA